AUUAUUAUUUUCGAAUUAAAACAUUCAAACCUUUACACUUUGUUAAAUAAAUUAAAGUCUAAGUAAUUCUCACAAUAUGAUUUUGUUUUGAGAAAAUAUCUAUAUACUUUACAAGAGUGAAAUGAAAGUGAAACUAUGGUAUUAUUGAAACUCUUAGCAGUGUCAAAUGUCUCAAAUAGAGAGUUACUCAACUAAUAAUAAGUUGAGAUUAGAUAUCCCAGUAAAUGUGAUCCAGCAUGGAUGUAAAGGAACUCUUGUCGUUUUCUCAAGUUUACAGUAAAGAAACUAUCAAUUUUCUUAAAACAGAAUUUCCUCGUUUAGAAGAUGAAUGUUAUUUGGAUCAUGCAGGAACCACACUUUAUUCAAAUACACAAAUUAAAAAUAUAACAGAAAAUUUACUAUCGUCGAAUUAUGCUAAUCCACAUUCCAUUGGAAUUAUAAGUAAUUUUACUCAUGAUUUGAUAGAACAAAUUCGAUUCAGAAUUUUAGAACAUUUUCAUGUUUCAUCAGAAGAGUACAGUGUAAUUUUUACCUCAGGAGCAACAGCGGCUUUAAAAAUAGUUGCAGAAACUUUUCAAUUUAAAAACACAAAAUCCAACGAAGGAAAAGAGUCUAAAAAUGGACAUUUCGUUUAUCUUCAAGAUAAUCAUACUUCCGUGCUUGGAAUGAGGGAUUUAUUAUCUAAAAAUGGUGCACACGUGGUUUGUCUCCCACAUAAUUUAGCUUUUGAAACUUUUGGAGGAUCAACAAUAAUUGAAAAUGAAAUUUCAAAUUCAGAGAGUAAUUCCUUAUUUGUUUAUUCAGCGCAAUGUAAUUUUUCUGGUUUAAAAUAUCCUCUUGAUUGGAUUGCAAAAGCACAAUGUGCAUUAAAUAAUUUUAUUGGCAAUAAUAGAAAUAAAUGGUUUACACUUUUGGACGCUUCCGCUUUUGUCGGUACAAAUAAUUUGGAUCUCUCUCUCUAUAAAGCUGAUUUUGUUUGUCUAUCGUUUUAUAAAAUGUUUGGAUAUCCCACUGGACUUGGUGCGUUAAUUGUUAAAAAUUCCAGUUCCAAUGUUUUAAAGAAAAUUUAUUACGGUGGUGGAACUGUUAAUGUUGCUUUGAGUUCAUCAUUUUUUCAUGUAAAGCGAGAAAAUUUACACGAAAGAUUUGAGGAUGGAACACUACCGUUUCUUUCAAUUAUUGCACUUGACAGUGGUUUUAAAGCGAUUUCUCAUAUUUCUCUAAACGAUAUAACGAAACAUGUUUUUUCACUCGCGAGAUAUUUACAUCAUUCUCUUUUAACUUUACAUCACAAUAAUGGAAAUCCAGUGACAAAAUUAUACAGUGAUACUGAUUACGAAGAUUGUAAAUUGCAAGGAGGAAUUGUCACUUUUAAUAUUCUACGUUCAAAUGGAGAAUACGUUGGUUACAUGGAAGUUCUUAACAUGGCAGCUUUGUAUAAAAUUCAGUUAAGAACAGGAUGUUUCUGUAAUCCUGGUGCAUGUCAACGUCAUUUAAAUCUUUCAAAUCUAAUGAUUAUCGAAAAUUACGAUGCAGGCUAUGUUUGUGGUGGAUCUAAGGAUUUGAUUAAUGGAAAGCCAACGGGAUGUGUGAGAAUUUCAUUUGGAUAUAUGUCUUCUAUAGAGGAUGUUGAAAAAUUAUUGACAAUGAUUAGAAAAUGUUUUCUUAAUAAAUCUGAAAUUGUGAAAAUUCCCAAUUGGUGGAAAGAGGAGAGAGAAAAAUUUUUUAACAAGUACAAUAAUAAGACUGAGAAUUUUAUUUUUCAUAAUAAAAUUCAAAUAAAUGAUAAUAAUAUUGAAAAUUUUGAUAAUGAUAUUGAAAAAAAUGAGAAUGAAUUUCCUUCUUUAAGGAAAAUAGAAUUAUCAGAUGGUGUCAAGAAAAUUCCAAAACGAAUAAAUUAUGCAAAUAAUUUACAAUUGAAGCGUUUAUUUAUAUAUCCAAUAAAAUCGUGCGCUGCAUUUGAAAUAAAUAAUUCAUGGAUUCUUAAUUCAAGAGGAUUGCAAUACGAUAGAGAAUGGAUGAUUGUCACUACAACUGGAGUUUGUUUAACACAAAAACAAGAAGUGAAUCUUUGUUUAAUUAAUCCACAUUUAGAUAUUGAUAGAAAUGAAAUGGAAUUAUCAUUUCCUGGAAUGCCGUCUAUUCGAAUUUCAGUGGAAGAUCAAUUAGAAGAGAAUGUUAAUGGCACUAUGUGUAGAGGUAAAGUUUGUGGUCACAAGGUAGAAGGUGUUGAUUGUGGUAGUGAUGUUUCUGAAUGGCUUAGUUUGUCACUUGGCCGACCAAAUUUAAGACUGAUUAGACAGACAAAAAGAAUUAUUAAUAAAGGACCAGAUGAGAAAAAUUUAUCGUUUGUAAGUAAAGCACAAUAUCUAUUAAUUAAUGAAGCGAGUAUAUUUUGGUUAUACGAUAAACUUCGAGAUGAUUCAGAAUGUCAUAAAGAAACAAUGUUACAUCGAUUUAGAGGAAACAUUGUUGUGAGUGGAUGUAGUGCAUUUGAAGAAAUUAAUUGGAAAAAUGUUAAAAUUGGAAAUUGUGAUUUCAAGGUGGAAGGUCAGUGUAAUCGUUGUCAAAUGGUGUGUAUUGAUCAAACUACAGGUGAAAAAACAGUGGAACCUUUACGAACUUUAGCAGAAGAAUUUAAUGGAAAAUUGAAAUUUGGAAUAUAUCUUACUAGAAAAAAUAGCGAUGAUUCUAUUUUAAAAAUAGAUGGAGUAUUUCAUUCACGAUUUGUUUCAACAGUGGGAAUUGAUUUUAGAGAAAAACGAAUGACAUACUCGUCAACAAAUGGAAUUAAGCAUCGUGUACAUUUGCAAUUUUGGGACACAGCUGGCCAAGAACGGUUUCGAAGUUUAACAACAGCAUUUUACCGAGAUUCAAUGGGGUUCUUCCUCUUAUUUGAUCUGACGAAUGAGCAGUCAUUUUUAGACGUACGAAAUUGGUUGGAUCAACUAAGGAAUCAUGCAUACUGUGAAAAUCCAGACGUAAUACUUUGUGGGAAUAAAUCUGAUUUGGAGGACAGGCGAGUUAUCAGUGAAUACAAAGCACGAGAAUUGGCAUCGAAAUAUGGAUUAGUUUAUAUUGAAACUAGUGCAGCAACUGGACAAAAUAUUGCAAGGGCAGUUGAUAUUCUAUUAGAUCGAGUUAUGAGAAGAAUUGAAGCUACUAUUGAUCAUUCUAUUUUUCCUCAUCAAAGACUCUUAAGAUGCCAUGAGAACGAUAAUUCGCCGUUAUCUAAAAAGAAAAAAUGUUUUUGCUAAUCAUUCCCAGGGUGAUACCAAAAAAAAAAGAAGAAAAAAAAUUCUUUAAUUUACAUGAACCUGAAGUCCGCAACGUUUUUAAAAACGAAAAAUUAAAAUAGAAUGAUUUUUUCAAGUCAUUUUAUUAUUAAUUUUGAGUUGCACAAACUUUUAAUAAAUUAAUCUUUUUAUAGAAGCCGAAUAACUUUAAUUUUAUGCCAAAGUAAUACAUAUUAUCUAAUUAUUUUUUCGUUUUCGUUUAUAAAAACGUUGUGGACUUCAAUUUCAUUAAUUUACAUAUACUAUUAAAUAUGUUAAGGUUUAAAAUUUUAAUGAACAAUUUCACUUGAAUCCUCUUUUUUUAUUUAAAUAUCCUAAAAUAUUUAAAUACAUCUCUUUCAACACAUUUCAAUUUAUAAUAUUGUAAAUAAUUCAUUUAUUUUUUGUUUAAAUGUUCAUGGGAUUUUGCCAUUAUUUUAAUAUCUCCCUUUACGUUAAUAAUAUAUAGAAUUUAUCGAUUGACGAUGUGUAACUAAGAUAUGAAAUUUGCAAGUGAAAAUAGGGGAGAAAAUUCUGAUAUUCAUAAGAGAGAGAGAGAGAGAAGGAAAUUGAGUAUCAAAAUUAUCUUUCGACUUAAAUUGUGUUCAAUUGCAUAUUUAAUAUAAUAUAUAAAUAUAUAUUUAUAAUUAUUCUUACAUGAAUAAAUUCUAUGGAAUAUAA